UUAACAAAAUUGAUUGUACAUAACUACGGAACAUGCACCGCCCUUCACCUUCUUAGAAUCGUCCAUGACACUGAUACAACAUAUUCAUUAAAACAUCAUAGUAGCUAGUGACAGAGAGCGUUAUCAUGCUCAGGAACAAUGGCAUUCCAUAACUCGUGAGGGGGGUUCUUAGAAAAAUUUGUUAACCUCCUGGUUAAUUCCCUGAUUAACAGCACUAUCCAUUCCACCAGGGACAUACUGGUCAACCUUCUGGUCAACCAUCGAGUCAACAAAGUUGCCUCCAGAGUUACCACCUUGUCCUCCGUUGUUAGAGCCGCCCUGGUUGUUGUUUCCACCGUGGCUGCCGAGGAAGCCUACAAGAUAGGUUAUUGUCAGCCAACGUCGUCAAUCCCAGUCGAUUAUGUCGCGAUUAAUAGGGAAACAAACCUUCUGCCUUGUUCACCAAGCCCCCAAGCCCACCAGAGGAGCCGCCGGAGGAGCCACCGAAGGAGUCAUUUCCACCACCAGACCCUCCGAAGUUGUUCUGGUUGUCUCUUCCUCCGCCAAAUCCAGAGUCAUUGCCGCCGAAGCCAGAGUUGCCAGAGCUGUUACCCCCGAAUCCAGAGUCGUUACCCCCAAAUCCAGAAUCGUUCCCACCGUGUCUGGAGUCGUUGCCUCCGAAGCCAGAGUCACCUCCACCGCGACCCCCGCCAAAGCCCGAGUCAUUUCCUCCGAACCCAGAGCCACCUCCACCAAAUUGAGAGUCGUUACCUCCAAAGUUGUUGUUGUCGCGACUGUUUCCACCACCAAAGCCAGAGUCGUCGCCUCCAAAGCCGGAGUCACCUCCGCGGCCACCACCGCCAAAGCCGGAGUCAUUUCCUCCGAAUCCAGAGUUACCUCCGCCGAACUGGGAGUCAUUACCGCCGAAGCCAGAGUUGUUGCCUCCAAACCCGGAGUCAUUGCCUCCGAAGCUGUCACCACCACCGCGACGGCCACCACCAAAGUUGUCUUGACCGUAGGAGUCCAUGGUGUCUAUUGAGCAAGGAAAGUGUGUUGAUAGGAUGAUAUGAUCAGAAGGACUUUUUUAGGUAUCAAUUGAGCGUAACGAUCACAGAAAUGGAGACAAAAAGAAAGAGAAACGGAAAGGUAGGAAACGUCCAGCUUUAAC